CUAACAAAAUCUUUUUCAAUUUGGAUCUGAAGGUAAAGCCUUGCGAUGACUUUUACCGUUUCGCUUGUGGCGGCUGGAUAAAGCGACAUGCCAAAAAGAGGAAAUCAAAUAUUUCUGUCCUUAUCAAAAUGCAACGUGACAUUGAUCUCAAGCUGAAAUAUCUCUUAGAAGAGAAAUUGACUGGAAAAGAACCCUCUUUCAUUAGCAUGGUAAAUGAACUUUAUGAUUCCUGCAUGGAUGAAGAUGCCCUGGAGGAAACGGGAAUCAAGGAUUUCAUGCAGAAUUUGGAGUAUCUUGGGGGUUGGCCUAUGGUAAAUGGAGCCAAUUGGACUCCUGACACUGUUGACUGGAUUGAAGUUCUUAUCAGGAUCCGAAAUCUAGGCAACAAUCACAACAUUUUGAUGAAGUUAUCUGUUACAAUUGACCCUGAUAAUAGCACAGCCCACAUCAUACAAUUGGGAAAGCCAUCGUUUGCCAUACUUGGUAAAUAUUUGCUGCGAAACUUAACUGACAGUGUCAUAAACACAUAUCUCACAUCGAUGACAAUAAUUGCGGAGGUACUGGGAUCAGAACUUUUGCCCGUUGAACAAACUUACAGAGCAAUUAAGUUCGAAAUGGAGCUUGCUAAAAUGUCUUUAUUAAAUAUAGAAGAACGGAAAAAGGAUAUGAAUAAGAAGUACACAGUUAGGCAGCUUAUGGAUGAAGUAAAUAAGAUUGACUGGCUUAGGUACUUCAAUGGAUUACUUAAUAAUGAUAUCUCUGAAAAUGAAAUCGUUCUGGUGCAAGACAUACAUUUCAUGAGGAAAUUGGCCGAUUUCAUGGAAACAGCAGAUAGAAG